UCUUGCAUAGCGCCAACUCAUUGUACUCCGAGUAUUAUUCGCUUAACUCACAGGGCGUCUAUGGGGUCCAUCAAUGCUCCAUUCGUAGUCUUUGGAUACGGCUCAUUGAUAUUCAAGCCACCACCUCACGUCCAAUCCCAGACCUCUGGAUUCCUGAAAGGCUAUGUACGGCGCUUCGCUCAGAAAUCGCAUGAUCAUCGUGGCACACCCGAGAAUCCGGGGCGUGUGGUGACUCUUAUCCACAAGGAGGAUUGGGAUCGCUUUUCUCAGUCUGAUGCGUUCCCGAAUGAAGAUAUUGUUUGGGGCAUAGCAUACACGAUUGACCCGGAAUAUGAGGCAGAAGUUCGGGAUUACUUGGAUUACAGAGAAAAGGAUGGAUACACAAUGGAGACGCUGCAUGUCUAUACCAUAGAGAAUGGGAUCGAAAGAAUUGCAAUUCAGGAUGCUUUCUGUUAUGUCGGUCGGCCAGAUAACCCGUCAUUCAUUGGUUCAGAACCAUUAGAGGACUUGGCACAGCGGAUAUGGGUCUCCGAGGGCCCCUCUGGACGGAAUAAGGAAUAUCUGUAUCGUCUGGCGGAAUCGGUCCGUCAGCUUGCACCAGCAUCACAUGAUUCGCACCUGUUUGCUCUCGAGGAACGACUACGAGAGCUCGAUGAAACGGCAAGCGAUGAUCACUAGUCAGUAAUUUUGUCAUUAGAUAUUACCAACACGAAGGAGAGGUCGAUUAUCUACAUACAUACCUCAGAUACACACCGGAAUACAUCACAUAUAUACUAUCCUAGCGUUCUGUACCAUGAUCACGAGUCAACAGUGAUCAGGUUUCACCUGCAGA